CCUCCGCUCCAGUGCAUUGUGGGACAUCGAGACGGGCCAGCAAACCAGCAACUUCACGGGCCACAGCGGGGACGUCAUGUCCCUCUCGCUCUCGCCGGACAUGCGUUGCUUCGUCUCGGGCGCCUGCGACGCGUCGGUCAAACUGUGGGACGUGCGGGACAGCAUGAGUCGGCAGACCUUCACCGGACACGAAUCCGACAUCAACGCGGUCUGCUUCUUCCCCAACGGGAACGCCUUCACCACGGGUUCCGACGACGCCACCUGCCGCCUCUUCGACCUGCGUGCCGACCAGGAGUUGAUGCUCUACUCGCACGACAACAUCAUUUGCGGCAUUACCUCGGUCGCCUUCUCCCGCAGCGGCCGCCUCCUCCUGGCCGGCUACGACGACUUCAACUGCAACAUUUGGGACUCCAUGAAGGGCGACCGGGCAGGGGUCCUCGCCGGCCACGACAACCGAGUCAGCUGCCUCGGCGUGACGGACGACGGCAUGGCCGUAGCUACCGGCUCCUGGGACAGCUUCUUGAAAGUCUGGAAUUGAACCCUUCCCCGCCUCUGCUGUGGCCUUGAGCUUCCCCUCCCCUCAGCUGGCUGCCCUCCCAUGGCCCGUCCUCCCCUCCUCCUCCUCCUCCUCCUCCUCCUCCUCCUCCUCCUCGUUCCUCUCUGCUCCACUUCAAAUCUUCAUUCGAAGCCCGAUUUUCCACCCGCCCCGUUGACGGAAAAGGGGGGGAAGGCGGGGCGGGGCGGAGGACGGCGGCCAUGUUGCCAACCCAGCGGGAGCAAGCGGAGGGCGGGGGGAGAGCGGGGGCCAGCCCUCCCAAAUAAAAAAGUUUAUUG